AUGUGUGAUGAAGAAGAGGGUCUAAAAAUCAUCGAUCAUCUUAACGAGUGUGCAACUUUUACUGAAUCAGGAAACUUCAUUGAUGCAGACACUGCACUGUACCAUCUCUCUCACCUUGCUUCCCCACAUGGUGAUUCAAUGCAACGCGUUGCCACUUAUUUCACCGAGGCACUAGCACAUUGCCAAUUGGCCAAAAACAUGCGCGGUGUGCCCAAAGUUCUUCGCUUGGUGAGAGCAUUAUCAACUCCUGAACAACAACUUGUGAAGAAACUAUUCUUUGAUUUCUACCCCUUCUUAAAAAUCUCGCACACGAUCACAAACCAGACCAUUAUAGAAGCCAUGCAAGGGGAAACAGCGAUCAACGUACUUGAUCUAAGUCCAUCAUCCAACGCAGAACAGUGGAUUAGCCUCAUGCAGGGUUUGAGAGAGCGUUUAACAAACACACCAUAUCUGAAGAUUACUCUCACAGCCAUACACGAGAAAAGGGAAGUGUUGGAACAAAUGGAGUUGCAUCUGAAAGUUGAAGCUGAAAGGUUGAACUUUCAUUUCAAAUUCAACCCUGUUGUAAGCACUUUGGAGAGUCUUGACCCUGAGACAUUGCCCAUCAAGAAAGGUGAGCCUCUUGCAAUAAGCUGUGUGCUUCAGCUUCACUCUCUUCUCGCUGCAAACGAUGAUGAGAUGGUGAAAAUUAGGGUUCAGAGGGAUUUUGCUGAGAUGCUUAUAAACCAGAAGAACAAGAAGGUGAAUCGAAGUCCUGAUUCAGCACUGUCACCUUUUUCGCCAUGUCCAUCACAGAAAAUGGAGAGUUUUCUGAAUGGUCUGUGGAGGCUCCAACCCAGAGUGAUGGUGAUCACCGAGCAAGAAUCGAAUGUUAAUGGAGCUAGUUUGAGAGAGAGGGUGUGCAAAGCUUUGAGCUUUUACGGCACACUGUUUGAUUGCUUGGAUGCUUCAGCUUCAAGAACAUUACUGGGGAGAAGCUUGUUGGAGAAGAUGCUUCUUGGUGAAGAGAUCAAGAACAUUGUUGCAUGUGAAGGGGUUGAGAGAAAGGAGAGGCAUGAGAAACUAGAAACAUGGAUUCCAAGGCUUGAAUUGGCUGGAUUUGGAACUGCACCUGUUAGUUCCAAUGGAAUUUGGCUUGCAACAAAGUUGUUGCAGAGCUAUGUGCCAGGUUACCACAUCCAUCAGAAGAACAAGUUCUUGUUUAUCUGUUGGGAGAAAAUUCCUCUCUUUUCGAUUUCUGCAUGGAAGUUUUAG